UUUCCUUGGUAUAACCCGGACCUCAUGAUAGCUAGACGCACACCAUAUAUAGCACGUAUCUACGUUUGCGACCUCUGUUUCAAACUACAGUGUGCAUUUUCCUAUUUUACAAUAGCAUAUUGCAUCCUGAUUUGCAGUUACAGUUCUGAUCUAAAUCGAAGACAACCUGGUGGCCAGCUGGUUAAAUGUUCACCAUAUGCGUCUAAGAAAAACUCUGUGGACUUAAAUACAAAUUGGCAAUAACUCUACCGUGACAAUGACUACAACGAGUAUAACGUUCGCCGCGUGCGCGGUGGUGAUUUUCGGAAUUUUUACGACUUCGCAAGCGUUCCUCCUCUCGGAUGACGUCACGCUCCGUCCGCACGUGCCUAAGCUUCCACAAUUCUCGCAGUAUGGACGCUCUAUGGUACUGGUGGGAGGAAACCAGUAUGACAACAACACUGAGCUACACGAGACCAUCAUUAAGCUCGCGGGAGGGAAGCAAUUCGCCAAAAUCGGCAUUAUCACCGCCGCCAGCUAUGACCCUCUGGACAGCUACAACUACUACCAUGACAUCUUCCUUCAGUAUGGGGCACUACAGGUCAACCGAAUAUUACUGGAUGUUAACCACACGGCCAGUCAGGGUGGACAGGCGCUCAUUGACACGAUAUAUGCGCAGACAGGUUUCUUUUUUGGAGGGGGUGACCAAGAAAGAAUCAUCAGAUCGCUCAUGGGGCCGUACGGGGACUACAGCCCGGCUCUUAUUGCCCUGCAUCAGAUGUAUGACAGCGGAGCGGUAAUAGCGGGAACCAGCGCCGGAUGUUCAUGCCAGACUGCACAGUUCAUGAUAGAAGGCGGAUACAGCUACGACACUCUGGUCUUUGGGUCGUACGCCGACAUAGACCCUAUGAUUCCGCCGGAUAUAGAACCCAACAUUUAUCUCACAUCCGGUGGACUAGGCUUCAUGAAAGGAUACGUGCUGGACAGCCAUUUCGCUCAAAGGGGCCGCGAGGGUCGGAUGAUCCGGUUGCUGGCGGACACCAGGAUGCUGGGAAAGGGGACCAACAGGGCAAUAGGGGUAGAUGAGAACACGGCUCUUGUUGUGACACACGCUGAUACGAAUCAAAGCAGCGGUCUGGUUAUUGGAGACGCCGGCGUUACAUUAAUUGACCUGACGCAUGCGCAAAUACAUCCGUCCAAGCAUUUCAACAUUUCUGGCGUCUACGUGACGUAUCUUACGAAGGGAGACGUCAUCAGGCUGACCGACCAGACGGUUACGUUCGCGUCAACGAAAACGCCGAUGAGAGGUCACGAGCGAAAUGACGCCGUCUUUCAGUCAAACGAUGUCUUCGCGAAAGCAGAUAUCCCGUUAAAACCAGAGUUCGUAAGAAUCGCAACCAGCACUUUCGACGCGCGUCGCGGCCGAACGACGCAUGGUUUCUCGAAGGAAACGGGGCCAAGGUUCCGCGUUGAAAUGUCGGCGUCGGCAAAUGACGCCGUCGGCUUUGUGGAAAGGAAUGCUUCCUUUGCCACUGACAUCACUUCAUACAAGAACCUUCGAGUGUCAAUUUACGAAGGUUGAUUAAGUAGACCAUACCAUGUGGGCCAAGUGAUUUGUCUUGCUUAGUAACUUGAUAAAUACGUAAAAUGGU